AUGUGCUUGAAACUCUUACCGGCGAUCCUUCUGCUGCACGUCGGUUUCGUUGCCGUUUUGUUGCUCGCCGAGUCGUACGGUGGAGCCGUUACCGCUACUCAGCCCAGCAUGGGUCUGCUAAAUAUGACAAACGUCAGCGGCCAGCGAAACCGUCUGUCGGUUACUCGACAGUACGGAAUGUCAAAUUGUGCAGAAAGCAUGGCGCUGGAUACUCGGCAAGGAAAUCUUGAAUACUGGCUCGACAUAGCCUCAACGCCAGUGGAUGUGCAUCUACGUGCAGAUGGCUCCGACGCAGUAGUGUCAGCAUACAGACUGAUGCACGCUCUCUAA